AUGCGGAGACGCUGCUGCGCACUGGGGCCCGGGGAGACGGGCAGCCUGAGCAGCCGCGCGGCGCGAUCCGGGCAGCUGCCGCGAGCCCUGGUCACCGCCGAUAACUUCUACCUGCGCAACCUGCCUGCCCAAUCCGCCCUGCUCCCCACCAGCCAUGGCUUCCCCGGCAUCGCCCGCGCCGCUGCCGGGCCCCCUGCCGGCUCCUGCAGCCGGGAGAGGGAGGUCGGACCCCUGCCCAAGACCCCCAAGGACUACGACCGCUUCCUGGCGGGCAAGGAGAAGGCGGGCAAGGGGGACCCCAAGGAGCGGCCACCUGAGGAGGACCCCAAGGAGCGGCACAAGGCGGUGCUGCCGGUGCCACCGGAGGGGCACUGCAAGGAGGGGCUGCCCCCCCGGGGGGCCAGCGAUGGCCGCCCCAAGCACCUUGCCUCCUGCCUGCUGGGUGCCAAGGGGCUGGAGGGUGACGCCGCCCGCGCUGUGCUGCCCAGCUGCGCCGCGGAGGGCCCGGCGGAGCGGCGGCUGGAGUGGGGGGCUCCCGGUGCCCGGCUGAAGGGGCUGGAGUACCUGGGUGGGGGGGCGGCUGAGGGGCCCCCCUUCGCUAGCCGGGGCCCUGCACCCAAGGGUGCUCUGGAGAAGGGCUACUUCGAGGUGCCGCCAGCGCCUGACUGCUCCCGCGCCACUCGCCCCGACCCGCUGGGCGUCCGGGUCGGCCCCUCCUGCUGCACUUUAGAGAAGGGCCCCCCCAAGGACCCCCCUCCUGGGCCUGGUCCCCAGAAAGUGGCACGGAUCCGGCACCAGCAGCACCCUGAGGUGGAGGCAGCUGGCACCGGCCCCGAGGGCAAGCGCAAGCCCCUGGAGCUGAGCGCCCUGGGCUACGGUGGGCCCCCCCUGCCCCCCUGGGGUGUGCAGGGCCAGGGGCCCUCCCUGGCUGUGGCGGAGGAGCGGAAGGGUCCCUACCUGGACCCCUUCGGCACGAGUCUGCAGCAGGCUGCGUUGAUGACUCAGGGUCCGGUGCUGGGCCAGGAGGUGCCGGCCGCCCCGGACGAGGUCUCGGCCAUGAAGAACCUGCUGAAAUACAGCAACCAGGCGCUGCUGGGGGGGCAGAAGGGCCCCCCCUUCGUGGGGCUGGGUGGCGUCAAGGGCAGCUGCGCCCACCAGGAUGCCAAGUUCCCCCCGGGGAAGGGGCAGCCGGAGCUGGAGCGGCCGGACUGUGCCCGCGGCCGGGAGGUGUGCAACAGAGGGGUGGUGCAGUGCGUGUGCGACGGAGAGGCUGUGUGGGGUGUGCGCAGCGGAGAGGCUGUGCGGUGCAUGCAGGAGCGGGGCUGCUCUUAUGGAAUCCCGGGGGCCCCGGCGGGGAAGGCCGUCCUGGCGCGUCCCCGGCGCUGCCGCAGGCGGGUGGCUCAGGGCAGGCGCGUGAUGGCGGGGCCCCGCGUGCUCGGAGAAGACGAGGACCUGCUGGCCUUCAACCUGCAGAACCUGGCCACGGUGGCGGCCGCCUGGUCGCUGGUGGAGGCAGCCAGCCGGGAGGGCAGCCCCCCUGCGCUCAGCCCCCUGCCUGCCUCCCCACCGCCCCGUGCCCGCAUCCCCCGCCGCAAGUACACCUGGACGCCCAAAACCAAGGCCGUUUGCCCCCUGAAGGCGGCCAUCGAGCAGCUUAACACGCAGGAGGUGGAGGUGCGGAUGCGGCUGGCAGAGCUCCAGCGCCGCUACAAGGAGAAGCAACGGGAGCUGGUGAAGCUGCAGAGGCGGCAUGACCACGAGGCGGUGAAGACCAGCCUGUCCCUGCUGUGCGCCGAGCUGCGGGGGGACCCCGAACCCAAGAAGAAGAGGAGCAAGCUGGCUGAGGCGGCGUUCGGCAGCCUGAAGGGCUCCCCGGAGAAGGUGCGGUGCAAGAAGAGCAGCUCACAGGGCAAGCUGGCCUGCAAGGUGGCUCACAAGGUGUCGCAGCUGAAGCAGAAGGUGAAGAGCAAAGGGCUGCCCGCCGGCAUCAGCCCCUUCCGCCGGAAAGACCCCAACCCCAGCGGCCGCAUCCAGAAGAAGCUGUCCCGUCCCAAGAGCUCCAAGGCUGCCAAGUACCAGCCGCAGGACCCCGACCCCCGCCAGCCGGCGGGCUUCAAAGAUGAGCACGACGGGGACACAGACAGCGAGGAUGGUGAUGAUGAGCCGGGCUUGUCCCUGCUGCCCUCGGUGCCCGUGGCCGUGCUCGGACCCUCCCCGUCCUCCGUGGUGAAGAUGGAGGCCAACGAAAAGGCGAAGAAGAAGAAGGAAAGGCAGGGACUGCUAGGGCCCUGCCGCCUCGGGAGCCCCGAGGGCGAGGUGAAGAUCAAGCGGCGGCCAGUGAAGCCGGGGACGGGCAAGCUGGAGAAGGUGCCGGCACGGCGGAAGGCGGGUGGCUGCGAGGAGGGUGGCAAGAAGAAGCUGAAAGCCAAGCCCAAGGAGAGCCUCCGGCCGCCGGCCCCCAGCGUCCGCCCCCAGCCGCGCCGCAGCCUCCCGCCGGGCACCCGUGUCUGCGCCUACUGGAGCCAGAAAUCCCGGUGCCUCUACCCGGGGAAUGUGGUGCGAGGCUCCUCCAGCGACGAGGAGGAGGAUGACCCCGAGGCGGUGAUGGUGGAGUUUGACGACGGGGACACGGGGCACAUCGCCGUCUCCAAUAUCCGCCUGCUGCCCCCCGACUUCAAGAUCCAGUGCACCGAGCCGUCCCCUGCGCUGCUGGUCUCCAGCUCCUGCCGACGAACGAAGCGGUCGUGCGGCGACGUGCCUCCCCCCGGCGAGCUGCCCCCCAGCCUCUGUCCAGACCGCCAUGACGGCCCCGAGCCCCCCAAGAACUCGGGCAAGAAAGCGGCCGGCAAGGAGAAAAGCGGCAAAGCUGCAGAGGUGCUGUCAGGCGGCAAGGCGCCGGUGCUGAGCGACCCCUUCUUGGGGCGGCGUGGCGGGCCGCUGCUGAGCUGGUCAGCGGUGGCGCAGACGAAGCGGAAGGCGGCGAGCAAGGGCACAGCCGUGCUGCAGAACCUCUUCCAGGUCAACGGCAGCGCCAAGAAGCUGCGGGCCAAAGAGGCCAUCUUCCCCGUGCACCACCAUCACCACCACCUCGCCACCCCCGUCUUCGGCAACGGCUUUGGGGCCGAUUCCUUCAGCCGCAUUGCCAGCUCCUACGCCUCUUUCGGGGCCGGGGCUGGGCUGGUGCUGCCGGCUGCCCAGAAACUCCUGCGCUCCAAGAAAGCCGAGCGGCUGGAGGCAGAAAUGGGCAAAAGCAGCCGGAGAAAGGCAGGCAGCGAGUACCUGGUCAAGCUGGACCACGAAGGGGUGACGUCCCCCAAGAACAAGAACUGCAAGGCCCUGCUGCUGGCUGAGAAGGACUUUGGGGCCAAGCUGGAGCGGCCGCUGGCCAGCCACGGCUAUGCCCACGCGGCCCUGGCGGGCAAGGAUAGGAAGGGGCGGGCGCCCGUGCACCAGCUGCCCGUGGGGCUGGCGCUGCGGAAAUACUCGGGUCAGGCCGAGUUCACCCUGAACUGCGACAGCGACUGCCACAGCUCCUACUCGGACAUGGACGAGGACGAGGAGGCGGGCGGGCUGGGUGCCGACGUGCCCUCGCGCUUUAUGACCCGCCUCUCGGUUUCCUCCUCUUCCUCGGGCUCUUCCACCUCCUCCAGCUCCGGCUCCAUCUCCACCUCCAGCCUCUGCUCCUCUGACAAUGAGGAUUCCUCCUACAGCUCCGAGGACGAGGACUCCACGCUGCUGCUCCAGACCUGCCUCUCCCACCCGGUGCCGGCGCUGCUGGCGCAGCCGGAGGCCCUGCGCUCCAAGAGCGGCGCGCCGCAGCGCUGCUUCCUCACCAAGGCCGCCGCCGCUGGCCCCAAGGCCAAGCUGAAGCGCAAGGAGGCCCUCAGCUUCUCCAAAGCCAAAGAGUUCUCCCGGAGGCAGCGCCUGCCCUCGGUGGAAAACCGGCCAAAGAUCUCUGCCUUCCUGCCCGCGCGCCAGCUCUGGAGGUGGUCGGGGAACCCCACGCAGCGGCGGGGCAUGAAGGGCAAGGCGCGGAAGCUGUUCUACAAGGCCAUCGUGCGGGGCAAGGAGACGCUGCGCAUCGGGGACUGCGCCGUCUUCCUCUCGGCCGGGCGGCCCAACCUGCCCUACAUCGGGCGCAUCGAGAGCAUGUGGGAGUCCUGGGGCAGCAACAUGGUGGUCAAGGUCAAGUGGUUCUACCACCCCGAGGAGACCAAGCUGGGCAAGCGGCAGAGCGACGGCAAGAACGCCCUGUACCAGUCGUGCCACGAGGACGAGAACGACGUGCAGACCAUCUCCCACAAGUGCCAGGUGGUGGGACGGGAGCACUACGAGCAGAUGACCCGCAGCAAGAAGUACCAGGACCGCCAGGACCUCUACUACCUGGCGGGCACCUACGACCCCACCACGGGCCGGCUGGUGACUGCUGACGGGGUGCCCAUCCUCUGCUGACGCCCCGUGCCCACCCCGGGCGCAGGGAGGGGG